AUGGGGGGAGAUGCAGAACUUGCUUUGGCAGCGAUCCCUCACUUGGCGUGUGUUGGUGUAUCCGUGGACUGGCUGGGACUGAAAGGGACUGACAGGGGUGUCUCCUCGCUGGGACUGAAAGGGACUGACGGGGGUGUCUCCUCGCUGGGACUGAAAGGGACUGACGGGGGUGUCUCCUCGCCGCCCGCGGGGGCUCCCAGCCGGUGCCGGUGCCGGAGCGCGCCCCGGGCUUGGGAGCAGCUCCGCUCCCGGGCCGCACACGCCGGGCGCUCGGCUCUGACGUCCCUGCUCACCGCCCAUCCCGGGGCUCGUCCCGGCCUAUCCCGGGCUCGUCCCGGCCCAUCCCGGGGCUCGUCCCGCCCAUCCCGGGGCUCGUCCCACCCAUCCCGGCCUACCCCAGCGGCCUAUCCCGGCCUAUCCUGGGGCCCGUCACGGCCUAUCCUGGGCUCCUCCCGGCCUGUCCCGGGGUCCGUCCCUGCCCAUCCUGCCCGCUGCCCGGCGCUCGCCAUGGCCCUGCCCGACGUCCACAGGUGCCUCCAACUCACUGAGGAAAAUGAGCAGUUAGUCAAGAAGGUGAAAAAACUACACAUAAAAAAUAAGGAGCUAGAAAGGAAUCUGGGUCAGAUCCAAGAACAACUGCAUCAGCAGCAGUUAAUGCAUGUCUGUGGCACAAGCAGAGAUGCUCAGGUUCAAACAGAAACACAUUUAUGGCAUAAGGGUGGCGGCAGCAAGGAUCUGGUUCUAGAGAGUGACAGUGUCAGACUGCUUCAGAUGUAUAAUGAGCUACAGAAACGUUAUGUGAAAGAAGCCAAAACAAACAAGGAGCAAAGCGAAGCAAUUAAAUAUCUCACUAUUAAAAUUAAUGAGCUAGAGCAUAGUCUUCAAGAGCAGAGGCAAAAAAUUAAGCAACUGGAAUGUAAAAAGGUUUCUUGGAAAACUAGUGCUGCUUCUGGAAAACGAAGUCAAACCCCAGAGGAAGGAAUAACUUCUCACAGGGACAUUUCUGCAGAGAAGGAAGCCUGUUGCAGUAGAUAUUUAGAGCUAUUGUUGAAGAAGAUUAAAAAGCUGAAGAAAGAAAAUAGAAAGUUAUCUGCAGAAAAGAGAGCACUAAAAAAUGAAUUAGCUGGAUUAGACAAGGAUUUUUUUGAAGAGGUAGAAGAUCUAAAACAUGCUGUACAGGAAUCUGUGAAACUGAACAAUGAGUAUGAAAAAUGCUUGAAACAAAUAAGUGUAAUAUAUGGACUUCCUUUUACAGCACAUUUGUAACUACUGGGUAAUUUAAUGCCAGAUAGAGUUUCUACAUAUUUGUUAUAAUUACUGCAACAUUUAAACCUCCCAUUGCUUAAGUGGUACCGUAGUUUGAUAAUAUAGAUUCAGUAAUGUGAUCUCAAUAUGACAAGUACUUGGAAAUGUUGUAUUUUGUGACCUUGAUUUUUUUUUUUUUUAUAUAUAUAUUUAAAUAAACUGUGAUCUUCAUAAUUUCAA